UGAAUGUCACAUGAUGGAAGCUUCGCGGUGGGUUUGGUGCUUGAUUGAACAGCUGUGUCGCAUUCAACUCACUCGAAUCCAGAAUGACUUGACGUUAAGGAAGAGAAGUCCAUGGAUGCCAAUCUCGGGGCCGUUGUUUUAUCCGAAGGAGAGACGUUAUUUGUGGGCUGCAUUUCGCAAAAGCUAACUUUGUUUUUGUUUAAUCAGUGAAGCUUCAUAGGCUAUCCAUAUCCCCAAAGGCUGCCGCUGCCCAACUGCUGGCGCCAGGCUGAGGUGGAGCGCGCACGAGUAUUGUCCUGUUGCGGGGCAUUCAGCGCGCCGCACAUCCACUGCACACUGCUUCUCCGCGAGUCAACAGUAGACAAGUGUAGAGCAACGCGAGAGGAACAGUAUUGUAAGAAAACGAGCGCUUUCCUCGACGAGACUUCUUUGUGAAGCUCCUCUUUCUGCCGGCGGCGCCCCCUGCAGUUGUGGAUGUGGUAUGACCCUGUGUGGCAGGAAGGUGUUGACAGUGCUGAGCAGCGUGUUCGCUGUGUGCGCCCUGGGCCUGCUGGGCAUUGCUGUCAGUACUGACUACUGGCUCUAUCUGGAGGAGGGCGUCAUCCUGCCCCUCAACCAGAGUACCGAGUUACGCAUGUCCCUGCACUCGGGCCUCUGGAGGGUCUGCUUCACAGCUGGAGAUGAGAAGGGCCGUUGUUUCACCAUUCAGUAUGUGAUGCCCACCAACGUGCAGCUGACCUCUGAGUCUACAGUUAGUGUGCUGAAGAUGAUCCGUUCAGCCACCCCCUUCCCCCUGGUUAGUCUCUUCUUCUUGUUCAUCGGUUUUGUCCUGAGUAACAUCGGACACAUCCGGCCCCACCGCACCAUCCUGGCCUUCAUCUCCGGAAUCUUCUUCAUCCUCUCAGGUCUGUCUCUGGUGGUGGGCCUGGUGUUGUACAUCUCCAGUAUUAAUGAUGAGAUGUUGAACAGGACCAAGACCAACGAGGCCUACUUCAGCUACCAGUACGGCUGGUCCUUCGCCUUCGCUGCCAUUUCCUUCCUGCUCACUGAGACGGCCGGCGUCAUGUCCGUCUACCUGUUCAUGAAGCGCUACACGGCCGAGGAGAUGUACAGACCCCACCCGGGCUUAUACGGGCCGCGCCACAGCAACUGCUCCGACUACUCUGGUCAGUUCCUCCACCCGGACACCUGGGACCAGCGCGGCCGCAGCCCCUCCAGCAUCUCCAGCGAAGCCUCGCUCCAGAUGAACCACUCCCUCCACUCCAACUACCCAGCGCUCCUCAAGUGUCCCGAGUACGACCGCAUGUCCUCCUCCCCAUGCUGAGGCCUGCGUGAAGCCCUGGAGCCUGGGCAGCGGGUUGCACACACAUCCCCAGGAAGGGAGAGUCUGGCUGGGUUGCUGAGGUGGUAGACUAGGU